AUGGGCGGAGGAGUAUGGGGAUCCGGGGAUAGCAUCGUCGCUUACAUCGGCUCGCUCAUCGGCCUCGUCGCCUUUCUCCGCGGCAUCCUUCCACGCGAGGUACGCGAUUUCCUCCGCGAGGCCGCCAUCUCCUUCCUCCCGCGCCUCUACUUCCUCUUCUGGACGAGCAAGACCCGCAUUGACGUCCACGAGUGGGCCGGCUCCUCGCCCAACGAGAUGUAUGAUCUCGUCCACCUCCACGUCGCGGAGCUCACCUCCGCCUCCGCCCGGACAGCCUCCACCCGCCGCCUCGAUCUCGUCCGCGUCAAGAACUCCGCCAAGCCCAGCUUCGCGCUCGCGAGUGGCGAGAGCGUCCGGGAGAGCUUUCGCGGCGUCUCCUUCUGGUGGACGCGACGCGUGAUCGAGAACAGCGAGUCGCGGCGCUGGAGCACGCGGCGAUCUUACACGCUGGAGGUGGACACGAAGCUCGCGCAGUCGAUCCUCCCGAGCUAUCUGGAGCACGUCGUCAAGAACGCCGAGGAGGUCCAGCACAGGAACCGCAAGAGGAAGCUCUUCACGAACUUUAGCGGCUGGGAGUACCGGAAGCGGCCGUGGAUGUCGGUUCCAUUCGAUCAUCCUGCAACUUUCGAGAGCAUGGCUAUGGAUCCCGAGCUCAAGCAGCAGAUCAUGGACGAUCUCCGCAGCUUCAUGGGCGGCGAGGCUUACUUCCGGAAGAUUGGAAGGGCGUGGAAGCGAGGCUAUCUUCUCCAUGGGCCGCCAGGAACUGGGAAGUCGUCGCUCAUCGCCGCCAUAGCUCACUUCACCGGGUAUGACAUCUACGAUCUGGAGCUCACUGACGUGAAGAACAACUCGAAUCUGAGGAAGUACCUCACCGCCAUCAGCAACAAGGCGAUCGUGGUGAUCGAGGACAUCGACUGCUCGCUGGAUCUCAAGAAGCGUCCCGGGGAGGAGGGCGAGAAGAAGAAGAAGAAAGAUGGUGGCGAGAGCGAUGAUGAUGACGACGAUGAUGCUGAAGAAGACGAGAAGAAGAGCAAAGUUACGCUGUCUGGGCUUCUCAACUUCACCGAUGGCUUGUGGUCUUCCACCGGAAGCGAGAGGAUCUUAAUCUUUACAACGAACCACAUCGACCAGCUCGAUCCGGCGCUCAUUCGAUCCGGGAGGAUGGACAUGCACAUCUGCCUGUCUUACUGCGCCUUCCCGGCUUUCAAAGUUCUCGCGAGGACGCACUUGGACGUGGAGGACCAUCGCCUGUUUCCGAGGAUCGAGGAGCUCAUCGGGGAGGUGCAAGUGACUCCGGCAGAGAUCGCCGAGCUGCUGAUCCAAAACAGGAACCACGAGACGCCGGCGCUGGAGAGUGUGAUUGCAGCUCUCGAGGCAAAGAAGAAGGCCAAGCUAAAUUCAUCCCAGGUAGAUUGAUCGCUGCAAGUUUUGCUUGAUCCAACUUCACAACUUUUCUUGGGAAAAGAAAA